AUGAAGGUCAAUAAUGGAGAAGAUACUUCAUUCUGGUAUGAUGUCUGGAGUCCAUUGGGGUGUCUUAUUGACAUAACGGGUGCUCAUGGGAUUAUUCAGCUUGGUAUUCCGGAGGAUGCUACUUUGGCAUCUGUGUGGCGGUCUCAUCGGAGAAGGAAUCAUAGGCGGGAAGUGCUUAACUGCAUUGAAGAGGCUAUUGCGGAAGCUCAUAGGGGCCAAAACGAUAACGCAGACCAAUCCCUCUGGAAACUGCGCAAUGGUACUUUUGGGCCUGUUUUCUCAUCGAAAUCGACAUGGCAUAAUAUCAGACAUCAUUUGCCUAGACAGUCUUGGACCAGCGUUAUCUGGUUUUCCAAUGCUACACCCAAAUAUGCUUUUCUCUCAUGGUUGGCAAUGAAGGAUCGGUUGAGCACAGGUGAUCGAUUGAGGCUUUGGAAUCCGGGGAUUUGGACUGGGUGUACACUCUGCUCUGAGCCGAUGGAAACAAAAGUGCACCUGUUUUUUGAGUGUAGCUUCACGCACCAGAUAUGGAGAAAUCUGACUGAGCGGUUGCUAAAUGACAAGUACACAAACAGGUGGAAUGAGAUCGUGGCAUUACUAUCGACGAACAGGCUGGAUGGCACAACACUUUUCCUCGUGCGAUAUGCAUUCCAAGCUACCUUGCAUUUGGUCUGGAGAGAACGAAACAGUAGACGGCAUGGUGAAGUCCCGAAACCAGCUCAGAGUCUGAUUGCCACUCUUGACAAAGCACUCCGGAAUCGAUUGAGCUCAAUGCGAAUGGCUGGGGAUUUACGCUUCAGCGAUGGUCUGCAGAUAUGGUUCGGUUCAAGGAGCUGA